UUGUAAAUCUGCAAUCCUCACUAAAACCCUAGCACAGCGCCUUCCGCGGCUAGCAAGAGGAGGAACGGACAGAAGCCAGACACCAGGGAACGGCGGCUAGCAAGAAUGGUGUCAGGAUCGGGAAUUCGAGCCCGUAGAGUGGUCGUGGACGCCAGACACCACAUGUUGGGGCGUCUGUCUUCCAUCCUGGCCAAGGAGCUUCUCAAUGGCGUGCGAGUGGUGGUGGUCCGAUGCGAAGAAAUCUGCCUCUCCGGUGGUCUUGUCCGUCAGAAGAUGAAGUACCACCGCUUCCUCCGCAAGAGAAUGAAUACCAAGCCAUCCCACGGCCCAAUCCACUUCCGUGCUCCCUCGAAGAUUCUAUGGCGCACAAUCAGAGGAAUGAUUCCACACAAAACGAAGAGAGGAGCAGACGCACUAGGACGGUUGAAGGCGUAUGAGGGUGUUCCUACACCUUAUGAUAGGGUGAAGCGAAUGGUUAUACCUGAUGCCCUCAAGUGAGUUAUUGGUUUUGAGGCUCCAGGCCGGGCACAAGUACUGCUUGCUGGGUAAGCUGUCAUCUGAGGUUGGCUGGAACCACUAUGACACCAUCAAGGUUCUGGAGGAUAAGAGAAAGCAGAGGUCACAGGUGGCAUAUGAAAGGAAGAAGCAAUUGACAAAGCUUAGGAUUAAAGCUGAAAAGGCUGCUGAAGAAAAACUUGGUUCCCAACUUGACAUACUUUCAGCUGUUAAGUACUGAUCUUUUUAGUUUUAUUGAGGUUUUUAAACUUUUGUACACCAGACAAUGUGUUUGUUGCCAACUUUUUUUUAUAAUUGUUUUGAAGUUAUUUGCAAUUGGAUUCAGUUAUGCCAAUGGUUUUCCGAUGUUGCAAUUUCUCUUCCAUUUUUCCCCUAUAUGCAAUUAUGCCCAACUACUAAAGAUGAGAAAUGCUAUUAUCAAAUAAAAUAGACUUCAAACCUUUUUGACUAGUA